CGACUAUGAUGCUUUAGCACUAAUCAUAUCAUAUUAGCAUGUAUUGAUCCAAUUAGCAAGGAAACAAAAAAUGAGCAAGUCCCAAAAGAAGUUGAUCUCAACUUUCUGGCUUCUUGGUUUCACUACCCUGUUCUUCAUUUCUUAUGCAGAUACUACAUGUCCCAUUGAUUUUGGUUAUGUCAGCAAAUUACCAUGGAAGAGAUCAGACUGCACAGAUAAACCGGUUAACAAAGAGGCCUGUUGCGGAACCAUCAAAUUCCUCCUAGCACCAGGACUUGCGAAGUACCUCAAAAAAACAUCAAUGUUCUAUUUCCCAAACACAGGCAUAGCAGCUGCAUGUAUGUCUAGUUUCAAUAACAAGCUUGCAUCCAUGUCUAUCAACAUUUCUUUUUGCCCCGUGGGAUGGUAUGACCAACUAGUGGUUAACAGCUCAAAUAAUUGUGGUGGAGUUACAACACUUAAGGAGUGGAGAGAAAAACUUGGUUACAAGACAGAGCUAGACUCAGAUUGCAGAGGGAACUUCUCUACUGCCAGUCAGUGCCAGGCAUGCGCUGAUGCUGGGAUAAGGGUGGCUUCUCAAUUGGGGUCUGACACGACACUAUGUUUCAAAUAUGCUUGUUUGUAUGCGGCUGGAAUUGUUAAUGAAUAUGGUCCUGAGGAUCCAAGAAUAGCUAAGUGUGCACUAGCUAUACCCAUGGCUCAGUCAAAAACCAACAAGCGAAAAAAAAUAUUCAAAGUUGCUUUUGGAUUGUUAGGGGCAAUAUUUGGAGUUUUGACAACAUGGGGUUGCAUCAUUGUUUAUCAGAAAUUGAAAGAGGAAAGGUGGCUAGCAGCGUUGCGUCAAGAAUAUGUAAGGGGAGUGAAGGCUAAGGUCUUGCCUAACACAGGCGCAAAAUGGUUUCAUGUAGCUGAGCUUGAGCAAGCCACUAAAGGGUUUUCAAAGAAGAAUCUGAUAGGGCAGGGAGGUUUUGGAGUAGUCUACAAAGGUACACUCUUGGAUGGUUCAAUUGUUGCUGUGAAACAACUUCUUGAUAUGGAUAUAAAUGGGGAUGAUGAAGAAUUUACUAAUGAGGCUGAGAUCAUUAGCAAAAUCAGGCAUAGGAAUCUUCUUGCUUUAAGAGGGUUUUGUGUUGAAAGCGAUGCUAUCAAAGGUAACAGAAGAUAUCUUGUUUAUGAUUACAUGUCAAAUGGGAGUUUAGAUGAGCAUCUGUUUUAUGAAGAAGGGAAUACUAUUGCUAGGAAGCCAUUGGAUUGGCCUUUGCGCAAAAAUAUCAUUAUAGAUGUGGCCAAAGGGCUGGCUUAUUUGCACUAUGGAAUCAAACCAGCCAUUUAUCACCGCGACAUAAAGACCACAAACAUACUUUUAGAUUCAGAUAUGAAAGCAAGACUAGCUGAUUUUGGUCUAGCAAAGCAAACUACUGAAGGGGAAUCUCAUCUAACAACGAAAGUAGCUGGCACAUACGGGUACCUAGCUCCAGAGUAUGCUCUUUAUGGUCAACUAACCGAAAAGAGUGAUGUCUAUAGCUUUGGCAUCAUAAUUCUUGAGAUCAUGAGUGGGCGAAAAGUGCUUGACACAUCUUCAACAUCCACAAGACUUCUGAUCACGGAUUGGGCAAUGGAUCUUGUAAAAUCAGGAAAUGUUGAAAACAUUUUCGAUGAUCGAAUGGGAGAAAAUGUAUCAAAAGCAGUAAUGGAAAGAUUUGUACAUGUUGGUAUACUUUGUGCUCAUGUAAUGGUGGCAUUAAGGCCUACAAUUUCUGAAGCACUGAAGAUGUUAGAAGGUGAUAUAGAAGUUCCAACACUGCCUGAUAGACCACUACCUCUUAGCCACGAGUCAUUGAAAUAUAUCCCAGAGUUCAGUAUAUCAACAUUGGGCAUCUCAGGUGGAAGAUCAAGCCUUGAUACAUCAGGUAGCAGAUUAAGUAUCGAUACAUCGAAACCCAGGUCUAGCAUUUAGUUAGCUGCUUGGACAAUGAUUUUUAUUGAGGCCAACAGAUAUUUCCUAAGCAGAAGCUUAAACAUUCAGUUAUAGAAAGUAAACGGAUUUGCUUCAAUGCAUAAUGCUUGCGUUUCUUGUUUGUUUAUCAUUUUAUUUGAAUGAUGUUUGUUUACCAUUUCAAGCAGACUGUGUAGGGUGUUUUUGAAUUAUAAAGUUUACAGGUAUUCAGCCUA